GCAUUCUCCACGUCUUCCCUGCUCACAUCGAUGAUCUCAUCACCAAAACCUCCCGCCGGGGUGAUGAUCCUCCGGUGACUUGCUUGAUCGCCGACACGUUUUACGUUUGGUCAUCUAUGAUUUGCGACAAGCACAACCUUGUUAAUGUCUCGUUUUGGACCGAACCUGCCUUGGUCCUUAAUCUCUAUUAUCACAUGUAUCUCCUCAUAUCCAACGAUAACCGUGAAGACAUGAUCGAUUACAUACCAGGAGUUAAGGCAAUAGACCCAAAGGACUUGAUGUCAUAUCUUCAAGUAAGCGACAAAGACGUAGACACUAACACAGUGGUCUACAGAAUAAUAUUUAAGGCCUUCACAGACGUCAAGAAAGCCGACUUCGUAUUAUGCAACACCGUUCAAGAGUUGGAACCAGACUCUCUCUCGGCUCUACAAGCCAACCAACCGGUUUACGCCAUCGGCCCGGUUUUCUCAACGGAAUCAGUUGUUCCCACAAGCCUAUGGGCCGAGUCAGAUUGUACCGAGUGGCUCAAAGGCCGCCCCACCGGAUCAGUUCUCUAUGUUUCGUUUGGUAGCUAUGCACAUGUUGGUAAGAAGGAGAUCGUGGAGAUAGCCCAUGGGCUUUUGCUAAGUGGGCUUAGUUUCAUUUGGGUUUUACGUCCCGAUAUAGUUGGCUCUGACGUACCGGAUUUUCUUCCAACCGGGUUUAUGGACCGGGCUAAAGGUCGAGGCCUUGUGGUCCAGUGGUGCUGUCAGAUGGCAGUAAUCUCAAACCCGGCCAUUGGAGGGUUUUUGACACAUUGUGGAUGGAAUUCGAUUCUAGAAAGCGUUUGGUGCGGUUUACCAUUGUUGUGUUAUCCGCUUUUAACCGAUCAGUUCACAAACCGGAAACUUGUGGUGGAUGAUUGGCGCAUUGGAAUUAACCUUUGUGAGAAGAAUAUAGUCACAAGGGAUGAAGUCUCGGUGAACGUAAAACGGUUGAUGAACAAAGAGACUUCAAGUGAGCUGAGAAGCAACGUUGAGAAGUGGGACUUUGAGUAUAAAAAGGGAGAAGGAGCGUCGAAGAAAAAUAACAGAGGAGAGCGUCAGAGAGAGAAAAAACAAAAAUUAAUGGAAGAGACAACGAUGAGACGAAGAAGAAUAAGAUGGUCGUUAAUAACGAAGAAGAUGAUUCCAAAAGGAAGGAGCGUCAUUUUGUUACCUGGUGUCAACAGGAGGAUGAUAUUCUCAGACAGCAAAUCAGCUUACAUGAAACACAAAAUUGGGCGAUCAUUGCUUCCAAGUUUACUGAUAAGAGCACAAGGCAGUGUAGAAGAAGCGUGUCACGAGAGUGAACAAGCAAGCGGUGGAGAGCGACUGAGCAAGCGGUCGAGAGCGACAUAG